AUGCUUCAACUAGUGAGUAUUUCAAGACGUGCUGAACGAUGCAUUUUUAGAGUGCCAGAAAGGCUUCGUAAAUCCAAUUCGCAAGCCUACACUCCUCGAGUUGUCUCCAUAGGCCAUUUUCACAAAGCAAACUGUGCUUUGGAGCCAAUGGAAGAGGUUAAACUAAAAUAUCUCAAGGCAUUUCUAAAUAGAACUACACUAUGUGUGGGCCAUUUUGUUGUCAAACUUCAAGAGUUGGAGAACAAAAUUCGAAGUUUUUAUGCAGAGCCUAUUGACUAUAGCAGCAAUGAUUUUUUAAAGAUGGUUCUAAUUGAUACUAGCUUCAUAAUUGAAUAUUCUCUUAGAUAUUAUGAAGGGGGAGAUUGGUGGGAAAAUGACCCUUUGCUCUUAAAUCAAUUUCUGCGAGAAAUUAUUUACUAUGACUUGAUUCUACUAGAAAAUCAACUUCCUUAUUUUGUUCUUGAAGACAUUUACAACCUCACUGGUAUGCAUCUUAAAUUUCGCUCCUUUCAUGAGAUUAUUUUUCGCUUCUUUCAUGAUUCCAACAGCCAAGGGAAAAAUGUAGGAGGACUAAGAGAGUACCCAAAACACUUCCUUGAUCUUAUAAGAUAUUUUCAGUUACCAUCAUCAUUUGAUCUUGAAGCAUUAGAAACGAAUAUGGUCGUUGGACAUCUAUACAGUGCAAGCCAACUAUCAGGCGCAGGUCUUGAAUUCACUGCCGAUACUGCAAAAGGCCUUGAAAAGGAUGUCAACAUACUAAUUGAUAAGAAAAUUAUUACCAACUGGAUAGGUGACAAAAAUGUAGUGCUUAAUCUGUUUAACAAUUUGGGCUUUAUUGGUAUGCCAUAUUUCAAUUCAAAGUAUUUAUCAAUUUGCAAAAGCUUAAACAGCUUCUAUGAGAAUCCUUGCAACCAAUACAAGAUUACGUUAAGACGUGAGUACUUCAACACUCCUUGGAAAACAGCAUCUACCGUUGCUGCUAUUGUGCUACUUUUGCUCACCUUGAUUCAGACUAUAUGUUCAAUCAUCCAAUUAUUUUAA